CCAAAAUGUGUUUGUUCUGCUUCUCUUGAUGCUAGAAACAUGGCACCAACUCUCUCUCUCUCUUUCUCUCUUCUAUCAUUUCCUUUUGACCCCUUUCUUGCUUUCUCUGAACAUAUAGACAUGAAGGAAUCAAGAAGAAUCAGAUUUUGUUUCUCAUUCUUAUUCUUCAUCUUGAUCAUCUCUUGGGGGAUUUCACCAGUAUCUUCAGAUGAGGGUGUCGCCAGGAAAGAAGAGAAUCCGUCUUCGCUUUUAAAGAUCAUAUGUGGGAUUUUUGGCAAGAAGUUUCCACCAAGUUCUUGGGAAUUGAUUCAAAGCGCAAUGCAGAAGAUCCAGAUGAAGCUUUACCCUCCAAAUCUUGAUUUCAGAAGCAACAGCGACAAAAACAACAAGGACAGAGAAGGAGGAGAAGAUAAAGGAGAGAAAGUGAAAGAGGCGGCGACAAGGAGCCUUGAAGUAAGCAAAGAAGCUAUUGAAGAGUCUGCAAAACUAGCAGGUGGUGUUGUAGGAGAAGUAGUUCACAAAACAGCUGAGAAAGUCACCAAACAAAGCUCACAUGAUGAAAUGUAAUCACUGAUAAUGUUAGUAAACAAUUCAGAUUCAAAUACCAUUUGCCAUUUCAAAAGGAACCAAUCAUAGCGUUAAAUGUAGACAGGCUUUGGCGGAAGAAGAACUAAAUGAAACGACUUCCUUUUCUGUUUAA